CCCCCGUCCCCUGAUAGCCCACCCCUCCCCCCUUCCCACUGGAGCCCCCGCACCGAGCGCCGCUCGUCCAGCGAGACGCUCGUCAACACCAGCAGCAGCGAAUCGGAGACGGAGCAGGGCUCCGCCCGCCAGAGGAAGGCCCGUCGGGUGCGCACCAUCUUCUCCGAGCACCAGCUCUUCGCCCUGGAGAAGAAGUUCCAGAGACAGAAGUACCUCUCCACGCCCGACAGAUCAGACUUGGCCAUGUCUCUAGGACUGACUCCACUGCAGGUGAAGACCUGGUACCAAAACCGUCGCAUGAAGUGGAAGAAAAUGGUGUUGAAAAGAGGACAGAAGUCUCCCACUAAACCAAAGGGCAGGCCGAAGAAGAACUCCAUUCCCUCCAUGGAGGAAAUCGAGGAAGAGGAGAGACUGGCACAGCAGGAGAGGGAUCUUGCACAUGAAUCAAUGCCGGAGGACAUGCCUCAGGCUGAAAACUCCAAAUCCCACAAUCCUCCAUUGCCAGAGGGUUCCACACAAGAGCAGGAAUCUACAGAUCAACCAGGCAUGCUCAUGGGAAGCUAAAGACACCAG